GUAAAUUAUUGUAAUAGUGUAAUACCUAUUACCUACCAGUUACAACUUACAACUCAGAAACAUGAAUUAGAUAUCUAGAAACGUAAUUGAAAUUAUUUUUAUCAUGAUAAAUAAAUGUUAAUAUAUCUUUGUUGUUAAACGAAACUGGAGGCGUAAUCGGAUUCAAUUCAAGGUUAAAAUUUUCUAAAUACUAUGUAAAUAGUCGUAAAUGUAAAAAGAAUGACACGAUAUAAUAAUCUUUAAUGUUAAAAGCUAGACAGAAGGAAUAUUGAUGAUACAAAAAUGCAUGGAUCAAGAAGAGUUGUGGUUUUUUGCCUCCUCACUACUGUCUUACCAUCAAUACUAAUAAUAUCUCCACUAUACUUAAGACAUAUAAAAUAUGCAGAUGUAAUGUACAAAAUAUCGGAUUCUGAUGUAAUACAAAUACACAAAGGCCAAUCAUCAAUAUUUUGUGAGAGACAUUCCUUAAAAAUGAAUAAUACAUUCAAUGCAUUCCAAAUGGAAGGGCGGCCCCAUUUAUCAAAAAAUAGAAAACAUAUAACAUUACGAAAAUCCAUGUCCUUGCCUGAUGAUACACUUGAAUAUUGGGGAUUUUACCUCUUUGCUGGAGCCACUGUUGAGUUAAACGCAUGCUCCAGAUAUGAAGGAUCAAAAAUAUUGGUUGUGAAAGGAGAUAAGACAUUGGACACUUGUGGAAUCUUGGAAGGUAAUAAGUAUAAGAAAGAUACCCCUUUGUUAAGUAAAAAUGAAAAUGUUUCAGUUACACUUGAAAGUCCAGAUAUUGAUACUCUUCUAGAACUCAAGGAAGUCUUAAACAGUCAAAGAGAAAUAGUGACUGAUAAUUAUGAAAUUGCUAACACUGAACAAACAUCUAAAACAAAAAGAAUUAAAAGAGACACAUUAAGUCCAUCUUUACACAAUCCUAACACUGUUUUGGACACUGGAGUAAACCAUGGGGGAAAUGCCAAUCCCAAAUUACAACUACAAGAAGAUGCAUCAGUAUCUAGUUUUGAGAACAAUCUUCAUGAAUGUUACAAUGAAAAUAUGAUAAUAAAUGAAUAUUUUCCAUAUUCAAUACAAUGCAAUAAUACAAGAUAUUUAGAAGUCACAACAACUCUCAAAGUUGUCCAUGAUGUUACUAUAGAUGGAUAUUAUUAUUACAUAUUUUAUAGUGAUAAUGACUUUGUUGUAAAUGAUGUUCAUGCCAUAUUUGAUAUUUACAAACCUAUCUUUCAAUAUUCUAAUAUGUCUGACACUAAAGUUUGUAUAAAUAAAACGGAAUGUUCUUUUGGUAUUGAUUUGUUCAGUGAUGAAUUAGUUAUUGUAGAUGUUCCAACAAGAGAUGGGUUAAGAAAUGAAGAUACAUCAAUAUUAAUAUCAGUGUGCCAUCCUCGAAUGUCUGUAUAUAUAAUUUUUCCUGUCUCUGUUUUAUUGUUAGUUCUUUUAUUUGCAUUUUUAUGAUAUUUCAUUAAAGUGGUUGUGUACUCGUUUUUGAUAAAGGCAAAUAUUGCUGAGAGUAAGACAUUAAUUUAUUGACUAGGUACCUAAGCAUUUAUAUUUUAUAGAUAUUAGACAUAUUUAUGUAUAUAAAUUUCUGAGAUAAGACUGUGAUGUUAUUUUACCUGAUAUAUUAUUUUAUGAUUGUUAUAAAGAUUAAAGAUGAUUAUUACAUGUAGAA